AGAGAGCGAGAGAGAGAGAUCCAGUUGGCGUCAACAUUGAGACCUGACGUUAAACGCUGCCUUUGAGCAACAGAUUAAAGCUACAUUCAAUAAUUUGAUAUGAGGGUGUUUGAAACGACUUAGAUGUGUGUCAGUAGCUCGCUAGCUUAAGCAGCGCAAACGUAAUCUUCAGAUGGGAGUUAGUGUGUAAACGCUGGUGAACCAUCACGGUCAAAUAAAACGCGCCUGUCCUCUGCUGAGCUGAACCACCAGCUCCUGGCUCCGGUGACGGCAGGAGAGAGGAGUGCAGCCAAGAGUCAAGAUGAAAUUCACAGAGCAUCUCUCUGCUCACAUCACUCCGGAGUGGAGGAAGCAGUACAUACAGUAUGAGGCUUUCAAAGAGAUGCUGUAUGCUGCUCAAGACCAAGCACCAUCUAUCGAAGUCACAGAUGAAGAUACCGUUAAGAGAUACUACGCCAAGUUUGAGGAGAAGUUCUUUCAGACAUGUGAAAAAGAACUGGCCAAGAUCAACACCUUCUACUCUGAAAAGCUAGCUGAGGCUCAGCGGCGUUUUGCCACACUUCAGAAUGAGCUGCAGUCCUCACUGGAUGCCCAGAGAGAGAGCGCAGUUAACAGUAGUGGACUGAGGAGGAGGAAGACGGUGUUCGCCCUGUCCCAGCAGGAACGAUGUAAACACAGAAACAUCAAGGAUCUGCAGCUGGCUUUCUCCGAGUUCUACCUGAGCCUCAUACUACUGCAGAACUAUCAGAACCUGAACUUCACAGGUUUCAGGAAGAUCCUAAAGAAGCAUGAUAAGAUUUUGGAGACUUCGAGGGGGGCCGACUGGAGGGUGGCCCACGUUGAAGUGGCUCCCUUUUACACAUGCAAGAAAAUCACACAGCUCAUCUCUGAAACUGAGGCGCUGGUCACAACAGAGUUGGAAGGUGGUGACAGGCAGAAGGCCAUGAAGAGGCUGAGGGUACCUCCCCUGGGAGCUGCACAGCCUGCACCUGCUUGGACCACGUUUAGAGUCGGACUUUAUUGUGGAGUAUUCCUUGUCUUAAUGGUUACAGUGGUCAUUACAGGAGCUGUGAUGAUUCGUAGUCCUGACGUGUGGCCCAUGGUCAGGAUCUACAGAGGAGGUUUCCUCUUGAUAGAAUUUCUCUUCCUGUUAGGCAUCAACACGUAUGGCUGGAGGCAGGCAGGAGUCAACCAUGUCCUCAUAUUUGAACUCAACCCCAGGAACAACCUGUCCCACCAACAUCUGUUUGAGAUUGCAGGUCUGCUGGGUGUGCUGUGGUGCAUUAGCCUGCUGUCCUGUCUCUUCAGUGACAGCAUCCUGGUACCAAUGCAGGCAAACCCUCUGGCUCUCUACGGCUUCUUCCUCCUCUUUCUCAUCAACCCUCUCAAGACGUGCUACUACAAGUCAAGAUUCUGGCUGCUCAAACUCCUGUUUCGAGUGGUGACAGCUCCAUUUCAUCGUGUUGGCUUCGCUGAUUUUUGGCUGGCUGAUCAGCUGAACUCUCUGGUAGUGGUUCUGAUGGAUCUGGAGUAUAUGAUCUGUUUUUACAGUUUUGAACUGGACUGGACAAAACACGAUGGACUAAUCAGCAGAGAUAAAAGAGUGUGCAACUCCUACUCCUAUGGUGUCCGUGCGGUUAUCCAAUGCCUUCCUGCUUGGUUCCGAUUUGUCCAGUGUCUGCGACGUUACCGUGACACCAAACGGGCCUUCCCUCACUUGGUUAAUGCAGGGAAAUACUCAACGUCUUUCUUUGUCGUCAUCUUUGCUGCCCUGUACAGUACACACAAAGCUGAAAAACACGAUGACAACCAGAUCUUCUUCUACUUGUACAUCAGCUGUUUAGUUGUCAGCUCAUGUUACACACUAGUCUGGGAUCUGAAAAUGGACUGGGGCCUAUUUGACCGCAAUGCAGGAGAGAAUACCUUUCUGAGAGAGGAAAUUGUCUAUCCUCAUAAGGCCUAUUACUACAGUGCUAUAGUGGAGGAUGUACUGCUGCGUUUCUCAUGGACUUUGACUGUCACCCUCAGCGCAGUGUCUGGGUUUACUGGCAUGUCUGAUAUUCUGGCUACUUUGCUCGCCCCAAUGGAAGUCUUUAGGCGUUUUGUGUGGAACUUUUUCCGGCUGGAGAACGAACAUCUCAACAACUGUGGUGAGUUCAGGGCUGUCAGAGACAUCAGCGUAGCCCCGCUCAAUGCUGAUGACCAGACCCUGUUGGAGCAAAUGAUGGACCAGGAAGAUGGAGUUAGAAACCGGCAGGGCAAGAAGAGCUGGAAGAGGAGCUAUAGCAUGAGUCUACGUAGGCCAAGGCUUGCCUCACAGUCCAAGACCCGUGACACCAAGGUUUUGAUAGAAGACACUGACGAUGACUCCUGACAUCAGGCCACACCCCUCGCCUGGGUCCAGAAUUUGUUCAAAGGAGGGAACUCCACCUCCUAACCUAGGAAUUACCCAGCGAAUUGGGCUUUGAACUCUUAACCAAGGACGAGUUUUAAACUCUCAUGCCGACAUAAUCUGUUUUCAGGAGCCUCUGCUCGGGUUCAGAUUAUUUCAAUUUAAGCAACUUGUACAAACAUCCUAGCCGAAAUGCCAUCAACCUCCUACUGCAACCUUCAAUAAGACCCAAGGGUGGGCUUAUCGCUUACACUCUACCUUACCCAGCAGUGGGGGACAAACCUAUCUCCAUGACACCCAAAACUACACAGAGGUGGACUCCAGAACUACACUCACUCCUUCACCAUUGCUUUGGUUCUUCUCAAAACCUCAGCCUAGUAUGAAGAAUGCAGCUAAAUGGAACGCAAGCCGAUCGCUCUGACUGAAGUGUCCCCACUCCCUGUCCAUGCCACAUAACUCAACAUAGGAAGAGACUCCUUCAAGCUGACUGCUGUUAAAAUGUUGAAAAGUUUUACUUCCUGCCCUAUAGCUGUUAGUCUCCUACUACACUCCGAGUGUCCAGAUAACAAGGCCUUGAAUAAAUGAUGUAACACAUCAAGUUCAUCUGUAAUUUGGACCCAGGAGUGAAUCUGAACCCCUUUCUUCUAGGAGAAUAAACAGAGUUCUAAAGUAAACAGACCCUUUGGAGUUUACGCUGGCCAGCAGAAUAUGCAGACGCAAAUUUUGACUGUCAAUGCAUUUCAGCUUGUCGCAUCAUCACAGAGCUGCCUAUCUACACCUUACAUGCUUUAGAAACACACAGAAACAUGCACUUUGUAGGAAGAGUCUAUUGUAAUGCCUGUUGUGUUCACUCACACAUACUCAUAAGCAGUGAUUUUAAUAGUUUUAUUGAACCUAGGUUGAAAGGAAACACACGCACACAAAAACAAACACAAGCUAUAGAUUAGUUGUAACCAUGGUUGUUGUAAAUAUGAAAUGGACCAAAGCAGGAGGUGGUGUGAAAAUAUUCUGGAAAAUGUAAACCACUGUAUUGAACAGCAGCUGGAAUGACUGUUCCGCCAAAGAGCUGAGAAGGAAUUUGGUUUGUAUCCUGCAGAAACUCCCAGUGAACCUGUGUAAUGAAAAACCAUCCGUUGGAAAAGUAAAACCAUUUUUAUUGAAUAUAUGCCAACUUAUUUAUGUAUGGAUGUGUGGGAGCGAUGUCCAAAUACCACUAGUUAUCCCAUUCAAGCCAAUCACUUUUCAAAAAUGAAAUGGAGUGAAGGUGAAUCCAGAGGAAAUUUUUAUUCUGUGCCUUUAAAUCUUGAAAGAAAGAUUUAAGACUGUCUGACUGUAAACUGCUGGUUUAUGAAACUUAUUGUCAUCCUUCAAACUUGUUCACUGAAAUGUGAUGCUGGUGAUGAAGAGGGAGGAGGUUGCCUGUCAGUCGCAUGCUAGACUUUGUCAGUGUGCAUGCGUGUGUGUGGUUUUCUUGGCAAUUUUUUUUUUCCCUACACACUGACACAUUUUUUUCUUUAGUUUAAUAAUGCAUAUGCUGGCCCAUAGGCCUUAUCCCUCAAAAGUGUCCUCUCAUUGAUGGGAUUGAUUGUGUCAAAUUAAUAUCAGUCAGGAAAAAUGGAAGAGUUGCGGCUUUGAUAUGUACGAAAGGAAACAUUUGUAAAAACACUGGUCCAAAUCAGUUCUGUGGAAAUUUA